AUGCGAGUGGGAAUAGGUGUGUUAAUCACCUAUGGAAUCGCGACAACAAACUCCUUGGACCUGUGGUGGUCUCAGACGGCCGACAACCUGGAGCCAAAGGAAAAGGUCACCCAGACCACUGAUGGUUGGUGGCCGUCAUGGGAAUGGCUUGAAAAUGAAAAGGGUGAAGGGAGUCCAAAAAAGGGCAAAAUCCCAGAAACCCGCCAAGAAAGUUCCAAGUCUUGGGGCUGGUUUCAAAGCGCCACCUUCCUCGAGAUGGUGUGGGGGCUUGGUUGGUUCUACAAGAUUGGGAUCAAGGUCUUCCUUAGGUUGGCGGACAGUAGUCUGACCUACUGUGGGACCCUAUGUGCCUCGCUCGGAUUCGCUGCACGCUGGAUGUACUGGCUCGCUGUGGCUGUAGUGGGUGUGUUCCUACUGCAGCUGGGAUCCUCCGGCACUUCCUCGCUUUGUGGCGUUACCUUCGUGGUCAAGGCACUUGGCACGAUGUGGUCAGCCUCCAUGGGGUCGGAUCCUUUCGGCCAGAGUGGGUGGUACGUGCAACAACAGGUGAGGGCGAGGAGUGAAAACCGAGAGCCCUUGGACCUCCUCGUGUCAGACGGGGCCGCAGUGGCGAGGCUUCGCCACGGAGCCCUCAGAGGACGCACCAAUCGACACGGAUACUUGGCAGUUUGCACGGAAGUGCACUCGAGCUCGCAUCGCUACUGGCGCAAUCAGCUGGAGGUGGCCAGUUGCAGGGUCCACUUGUGCUCUGCGUCUCCUUGCACUGCUCCGGAAGUUGCAGACGUGCAUGCCCCACUGAGCGCAGUAGUAGCUAGGACCGUUGAAGUUGACCUUCGUGAAGCAGCAGGUAAAGGACCCAUGGCGCGUUGCUGGACGGUGACCACGUUUUGGAGCGGCCCAGGACCCCAAGCCCAACGACACUUGCACGUCGACUCAGAGACUGAAUCUGAAGGAGGAGAAGAUGAUUACCCUUGCCAGGCUGAUCAGAUAGCCCUUGCGGCUGUGGAUAAUCAAGCUCAGAGCGAGCCCCUCUGCCUCGGUCCUUGCAAGGACGCGGCUAGGAAAACUCCCAUCAAACUCCUACAACCCGACGAGGCUGUCAGUUGUAGAGAUGAGUUGAAGGAAGAUGAAGAAGGGUAUCACUUCUAUGCAUGUGACAGACAUCGCGACAAGUAUGUCGUGUCAAGAGCCCUGAGAGGGUGUGCCGUCGAAGGUUGCAACUCGGCGGCGCGGGUUAUGCACCGAAAUGUCAAGUUAUGCAAACUCCAUGCCGCAAAGGAAGAAAAGCGUCCGCCACACGUGCCAAGAGCCACUUUGAAUACUGGAAAGGAGAGCUUGGAAAGUGAGGAGCCGCCGCCGAACAAAUCGACCCAGGAGUCAACCGUGGCGGCCGCUGAGCCAGUCAAGGAUGGCAAAGCGAGCCAGGUCCUCGCUGACUACGUCAGAAGCCGAAGCCAAGGGGGGAGUGACUCAGAAGCGAGAGCUGCCUGCGCUUGGGCACUGCUAUCAGACCAGGAUCUGUCUAACGUCCUGAAGACCACAGCUCAGCAAUAUCUCACACGUCUGCCAGCCACGUUUCCGGCGACUAGUCGAAAGGCGCUCGAAGAUCUGGCAAGACCGGCACUUGUGGAUCCUGUUCUUCAACUUGAAGUUGAUUUCCAAGGAGACGCUGGCAGGCACCUUCCGAGUCUCUCAGCCCCGAACGUCGUCAGAGAGGAGGAGUCUGAGGGCAGGCCUGAGGCGCGUUUCGCGCCCGGGCCAGCCCCGGGAGGACCUCCUGCUACGCCCAGCUGGGACCAUACCCAUGGGACCUCGGGAGCAGCCGCUUUCUUUCGGCCGAGAAAGCCGGUGAGCGGAGCCGCACAGGGGGCUUUAGCGACACUCGCCGCGGCACCACCGACGUUCGAUGGAGCGUCCUCCCUGGCCAUUUCAGCUCGACCUUGGAGGGCCGGUGCUUUUACGGACCCAGAACCCAGACCGGUCGAUGAUGCGACCAAAGCUUUGCAGACCAUCGCCAAGGCAGUGUUGAGCAAAGAUGAGGCCGCGGGUCAGGAAAGGGGAAAGGUCAGCAGCAUCGGAAAGACAGAAGAACGCCUAUAG